AUGAAAGUUAUUAUUAAUAUAACCAUAAUUACCUCAAAAUAUGAAAUAGGAGUACUCACUGAUACCAAACAACUGAAGGAGGGGAUAAUAACAUCUCGGANNNNUAAAAACGGCAAGCUGCUUCACACUGGGAAGAUAUUUUUCCCCUCUGAUGAGCUGAUCGGCGAGAAGCUGAAGGUUGUGGCUUACCACAGCGAGUGGCCACACACGUCUCGAAAGGAGUCUAUCUCGAGCCGAUCAGUACUGCCGUCACCGAGUAUUGGCACCUUUAGAGAUCGCCGUUUGCCUGAAGCAUUGGAAUCUACUGAUUCUACUCAUCUGAGAGUGGCCAGUUUUAACGUUCUUGGCCAGCGACAUAUUCGUACCCCCUUGGAGCCUAUAUUCUACCAUGUGCGCGACUGCAAGGAAGUGGUAGAGUUCGAGUACCGCGCGCCGUUGAUAUUGAGGGAGUUGUUCGACGUGAAUGCGGACAUUGUAGCCUUCCAAGAAGCUGAUGCUCGGUUCAUAGAUACGGCGAGUGGCGCUCUGUCGUCGGAGUAUACCUUUUGGUUGGCCGAGGAUAAGGGUCGGGAAAGUGAGGGGAAUAAAGGGCGUCGUGGUGAAGGAUGCGGCCUUGCCUUUAAGAAGGCUCGCUUUGUGAAGAUAGGACAGAAGAUGCUCGAACUUGGCACGGAUGGUUUGCUGCAGGAGUUCACUCCUGAGGAGAUCGCUAUGCUCAAGGAGCGAUGGGCUGGGGUUGAUAUUUUCAAGGAUGUUUUUGACAACCUCGGUAUGAUUGGUCAACUACUCACGUUGAAGGAUAAGGCCACGUCCAAGUUGUAUAUUGCGGUGAACACUCAUCUUUAUCACAGUCCUAAGGCGCCCCAUGUGAAGAUUUUGCAGACGCAUAUGAUCAUGAAGGCACUUGAACGACUGUUGGCUGAGAUCCCUGAGGCUGUUCCUAUCUUCUGCGGUGAUCUCAACUCCUCAUUCCCUGCUGAAGCUGUUGUCGAUUACAUAACGAGAGGGGAUAUGCCUGCUGACCAUCGGGACUGGCGAAACGGUCCGUUUUUCACCUGGACGAACCGCGAGUGUGAAGGUGUUGAUCGAUCGACUGUCAAGGGCCCUCUCGGAAUACCACUACACCACGGCGUUGAGAAUCUCGAGCAUGUUCCUGAGGAGGGAUACACGAACGCCGUUUGUGGUUGGGCAGGAAUUAUCGAUCACAUCUUCUAUGAUCGUCGUCACCUUCGUCCAGUGUGGAGUCUACCUAUACUAUCUAAGGCUGAUAUCGAGUCUUGCAAUGGUGCUCUACCGUAUAAGUUCUAUGGCAGCGACCAUUGCAUGCUCACUACUGAAUUCCAAACAUUACUGUGAAUGAGGACUGCUUAA